AUGGACGGCGAGGACGACGUGCCGGAGUGGAUGAUGGAGGUGGGCGGCGGGGCCGGAGGGAAGGGAGGAAAAGGCGGCGGCGGCGCGCUGGACAAGAACAAGAAGCGCUUCAGCGAGGAGCAGAUCAAGUCGCUGGAGUCCAUGUUCGCGACGCAGACCAAGCUGGAGCCCCGGCAGAAGCUGCAGCUGGCGCGGGAGCUCGGCCUGCAGCCGCGCCAGGUCGCCAUCUGGUUCCAGAACAAGCGCGCGCGCUGGAAGUCCAAGCAGCUGGAGCGCGAGUACUCCGCGCUCCGCGACGACUACGACACGCUCCUCUGCAGCUACGAGUCCCUCAAGAAGGAGAAGCACGCGCUCCUCAAGCAGCUGGAGAAGCUGGCGGAGAUGCUGCACGAGCCGCGGGGCAAGUACGGCGGCAAUGCGGACGCCGGCGCCGGGGACGACGUGCGCUCGGGCGUCGGCGGCAUGAAGGAGGAAUUAACGGACGCCGCUGGGGCCUCGCUCUACUCGUCCGAGGGCGGUGGCGGUGGCGGUGGCAAGUUCGCGCACUUCACGGACGACGACGUGGGAGCCCUCUUCCGGCCGUCUCCGCAGACGAUCGCAGCAGGCUUCACGUCGUCGGGGCCGCCGGAGCACCAGCCGUUCCAGUUCCACUCCAGCUGCUGGCCAUCGUCGACGACGGAGCAGACCUGCAGCGGCUCGCAAUGGUGGGAAUUCGAGUCCCUCAGUGAGUGA